AUGCUUUCCGAAAAUGCCCAGCGGCUCCACGAGCGGAUGUCGGAGCUGGCGAGCUCGACGCUCUUCACCACCCAGGAGCUCAAGCACUUGAUCCACGUGCUGAGCGACCUCGAGUUGCUCCAGAUCUCCCAGGAGUUGGUCAACAACUCCCUCGUCAAGUUGAUCAAACAGGGCGAUGAACUCAAGUUCCAGGCGAUCCUGACCCUGGAAGCCAGCAAGAUCAAGAACAUGACGGGAGACGACGCCAUGGUGUAUCAGCACAUCGAAGCGCUGGGGCGUGAAGGGAUCUGGACCAAGACGUUAAAGGCCAAGACCAAUUUGCACCAACACAUCGUCAACAAAUGUCUUAAACUGUUGGAAAGUCAACGGUAUAUCAAGCUGGUAAAGCUGGUAAAGCACCCGACACGAAAGAUCUACAUGUUGUACAAUUUACAGCCGCUGACUGAUGUCACUGGUGGGCCGUGGUUUACUGACUCUGAACUCGAUACUGAGUUUAUUGAUUCCCUUUUGCUGUUAAUCUGGCGGUACGUAGCUCUGCGGUCGUUCCCACAAGCGUUUCAAAAGCCGCUGGCGUCGACUAAUAUGUUCCAGACCCUGAUGGCGGACCUGGUGGUGCCCCUCGACGACAUUAUGAGCUUCAUUCGCGAUAACCGCGUCACCAACAUCGAUUUGCUGAAGAGUGAUAUCCGUGAUUUGUGUGAUGUGCUUGUAUUUGAUGAUAAAUUGGAACCGGUAAAGCACGAAGAUGAGAAGUUUAGAGCUACCUGGCAGCUGGUGCGGGAAGCCGGGUUCGGCAAACAGUGGCAAGACGAACAGUACCUGGAUCGUGUUGACCAGCAGUUUAAAGACGAGCUUUUGGGGCGGCCAUUCCUGAUUUUUGAAUGGUACAACGCCGAACCCGUGGGCGAGCCCGAAGACACGGUGUAUUUAGAUUCAUGGGUCCACAGCUAG